AUGCACCACAACCAAACUGAACUACAUUCAACCUCCGAAAUUGCACAUGCCUUUGCUGAGACAUUCCAAUCAAACAAUAGCAAUGCAAAUUAUGAGGAGAACUUUUUAAAUUUCAAAAAUGAAACUGAAAAUAAUAUCACAAUUAACCCCUAUCCUCAACCUGACAACGCGGAAUAUAAUCACCCAUUCAAUAUAAAAGAACUCCACCUCGCACUUCACAACUGUAACAGCAAAAGUCCUGGACCUGACGAUAUUCCUUUCACCUUCUUGAAAAACUUAUCGGAUAAUGCUAUCAACACUCUCCUCGCAAUUUUCAACUUAAUUUGGAACAAUGGAAUUUUCCCCAAUCAAUGGAGACAGGCACUCGUAAUCCCUAUACUAAAACCAGACAAAGAUAAAUUUAAUAUUCUUAGCUACCGUCCAAUUUCGCUUAUCAGUACCCUAAGCAAAUUACUUGAAAAAAUGAUAAACAAACGCUUAGUGUGGUUUCUCGAAACGAACAAAAAAUUCACAAAACAACAAUGCGGCUUCCGCAAAAACCAUUCAACCCACGAUGUCUUAGCUACACUUCACACUGAUAUAACUGAAUCAAUAAUUAAAAAACAACACCUUAUCCUAAUUGCUCUCGAUAUAGAAAAGGCCUAUGACAUGGUAUGGAAAAAAAAAGUACUAUCCUCCCUCCAAAAAUGGAAUAUCACAGGAAAUAUGCUAGCCUUUAUUCACAAUUUCCUUCUAGAUCGAAAAAUCCAGGUAAAACUAGGCAAUACACUUUCCGAACAUCUAGACAUUGAGAACGGACUACCGCAAGGAUCAUCAAUAAGUGUCACAUUGUUUCUCGUUGCCAUUAAUGACAUAUUUAAUAACAUAAAGCCUCCCAUAAAAUGCACACUAUUCGCCGAUGAUUGCAACAUAUAUUGCAGAGGAGCUAAUAUCAAAACUACUGUAGCACUUCUCCAAACAGCACUAAAAGCCCUAUCUGACUGGUCCUCCAUCACAGGCUUCAAGUUCUCACCAGCCAAAACUCAUUGCAUAAUUUUCAAUAACAAAAAAAAAAUGAAACAAUCCAUCAUGUAUACCUAA